AUGAAAACGCAGAUAAGUUUCUUUUUUUUGUUUUGUUUGGCGGUUUCGGCUUCGGGGGAGGGCGAGGAGCGGCCGUUUCGCUUCGAGCCGCGGCCGCCGCAGACCGGCGCGCUGAAGACUUUCCACCCGCUUGGCGGCGGAAAAGAGGAGGCGGAGUUGUACAGCGCGGCCACUUUCCCGAACCCGUUUGUGGAGCCGGAGCGCUGCGCGUUCGCCGCUCGCAAAAACCACUCCUGGCUCUGCGACCCCCAGCGCCUGCUGCCCCCCCAAGAAGAAGCCGAACUCGAACUGGCGCUGCUGCGGCUGCGAGACCUCCGCGCCCACGAGUGCGCAGACGGAAAGCUGCAUCACUUCCAACAAGUGGGGAGUCGGCAACAGGAACUGCCACGAUGGAAUGGUCCUCAUGUUCGUCAAAAAUCACCUCCUCGUUUCCCUCGUUGGCCGAGCCCGAGUGAACUUGACUUACCUUCUCUCGGGCUCUGUGGGGGCGGCGCUGAUAACGGGGGUGGAGUUGGUGGCGAGUCAGCUGCCGGAGGCUCCCACGGGUGCGUAAACCCUAAACCCUAA